AUGAAGUGCGUAUGGGCUUUUGUGUACAUUGCUAGUUUCGUCAUGGUUUCUGUGCAGGCUGAUUGGUUGAGUGACAUAAUACACUAUUCUGAAUUAUGUGAAACCCAGUUUCCAACCGCCAAGGAGAAUAUUGAAAAGAUGUUCAAAGGCGAAUUGAAAGCGAUCAAUGCAGACGAUACCUUAACUUGCUUUGUAAAAUGCAUAAUGGAAAAACAGGGAACAUUCGUGAGAGGAACUCUUAGCAUGCCAGGUCUAAUGAAGAUAACCGAACUUGAUAAGUCGCUGAAGGAAAUCCAAGCUCCAAUUCUCCAAAAGGGUGAAGCUUGCAGGUAUGAGAAAGGAGAAAACGAUUGUGAGACGGCAUUCAAAAUAGCUCUUUGCAUGAGCGAAAAAAUAGCUGAUAUUGCCUAA